AUGGCACCGUGCAACUUCGCGUCCUCUCCACACAAAUGUGUGUUCUGUGACUUCAACAACACAUCGUAUGCGACAACUUGCGAAGCCUGCCGAGCGGUGACAAUACCCUCCAAAGGCGACCAGCGGCAGCCUCUCGACUGGGAGAUCUACGCCUUCGGCCCACUGCGACCACCAGUCAUCGAGGCAACCGCGAUCGAUCAUUCGGGCAGCACUCUCUCGGCAGUGCUUGGUCGUUUCUCCAGAUCUGCUAUCUACGUCGGAGACGCUAGGCUACAAGUCCUUCUUGUCCGCGUUCCCGAUGGAGACAUCAGCUUUUCGGUCGGGCCGCCUCCCAGCAUGCGUGACAAUGCAGCAGGUUCUACGGAAACCGUUACAUGGGGCAGUGACACACAGCAGAUGUUUCGUAUUGCAGUGGAACACAUUCUAGGUCCUGGAAACACAUUCUUUGGCAAGUAUGACCUGCUACGUUGGAGGGAGAAAUCGUCUGAUGCGCAUCUUGUCGAAGAUGAGAUGUGGAUUUCUUACUCCACGGGCAGACGUCUAGGGAGAAGAGAGAGAAGGGAGGGCGGGGGAGUUCGUUUAGGCAACGCUAUGCGGAACUAG